AGUCUAAAACGAUCAGAAUCAAUUCGUCGCAAAGAGUUUGUCGGGUGCGAAGCGCAUGAGAGUGUAGCCAGUAACAACGCAUUGUAUCAACUUGUCCUUCUACUCCAAUCUAUUUUGCGGUCAAUAGGACCAUUAUAUUAUCACAAUAAUAAGUUAGUGUACGUCGGGUGAUAGCGCAGAGACGUUGCGAACAUGAGGGCUUUCGUACUGCUCCUGAGCCUUGGGUUUGUGGCUGCCGAGUCGGAAUAUGUCACCAGGAAACUCUGCAGAGACGUGGAUGCAUCACAAUGCAGCAUCCACAGCGUGAUAGUGGACCCCUGUCCUCAAGGACCUGCUUUCUGCACCCUGAAGAGGAACAAGGCAUACGGCAUCACACUGGAUAUGACCCCACAUUUCGCAGCAGAGAAUUUAAGGCUUUCAAUCACAAGUGAUGUGAGCAACACUGGAAACUUUACAACCCUUAUCAAGGCUCCUGGCGAUGCCUGUAAACUACUGACCUGCCCUCUUGAAGCUGAUCAGAGAAGGAUCUUCGAUGUAGACCUGAUGGUUGAUAAGAGAUUCUCGGGCAAGUUCCCAGUGAAAAUAAAACUGUGGGACGACGACAAUGAUGCCUCGGCUUGUUGCGUCACCUUCAACGUUAAAGUUAAAUAGAUAUAGUUAUUGUAUUAUAGUCAUAAGCAUUACCUAAUUACUAAUAAUAUAGGUUUAGUUGUGUUUCAAUUUUUGUGCUUUAAUAGUUUAUCAACAUUAUUAUCUUUGAAUAAAUAUUUUUUAUUUAA